AUGUUUGGACGAUUCUACGCCGGAACUCACUCUCAGCAGCGCCACCACCGCCGCGGCCACGAUGCUCAACAGUUCCAAGAUGCCGACAUCCACUGGGUGAACGUCUCCUUCAGCGCCGGCGAUGUCAUGAUGCCUGACUGGGACCUCUUCGAGGUCGCCAAACUGGCCAUCCGUGGCGGCCGCGCCAGCAUCAGUAGCCGGCCGACCAUGCAUGGAUGCAGUCUUAUGUAUUCUAUCAAGGUCGAGGGUACCUUUACCCACCGUGACGACAUCCUUACUGCGGCCGACGCUCUUAUUUGCGGAUAUCAGAGAGAGAUCGACCAGGGUCGGGGCCCAGGUUUGUUCCCUCGCAGCUGUGUGUUUAGUGGCAUUCCGCCUUAUUAA